UCAAUGUCAAUUAUCAUGUAUCACAUGUCAAAAAUAUCAGUUGUAAGCUGUGGUGUUUUUCAGUUUUUGCUGUGUGUGAAGAUAGGAUUUUUUGAUUCUGUUACGAUUUAUGUGUAAAUCACAAAAGCAAUUAUUUGUAAGUCGUUUUUUACAUCUUUUAUCGAUAUAGAAACUCAUUUAAUACUAAAACAUUACAUAUAUAUGAAAAGGCAAACGAACCAAACCGUUUUAACCAUUGUUUUUGUAUAAGGCAAUGUGUUUUUGCAUUACAGAUUAUUUUGUCAUCAAAAUAAGAAUCUCUGAUGGAUCGUAAUAGAACAAAAAAUGCAUCGGAAGGUAUUGCUCCAAUGGGCAUUACAACUCUAAACGAUAUAGCUCUCAGUAAUCAGCCAGAGUCACGUUACGAAUGUCCUGUGUGUCUAAAUUGGUUGCGAGAUCCAGUCAUAACAACAUGUGGCCACAAAUUCUGCAAAAGCUGCAUCACCUCUUGGUUACAAAACAGUGGUCAUUGUCCUAUAGACAACAUAAACCUUAGUAUGAAAGUAGACAUAUUCCCUGAUAACUAUACUAAAAGAGAGAUACAAGAGCAAAGGAUGUCUUGCCCUUUCGCUGAUAAAGGCUGUACCUUAAAAGUGACACCAUUAGACUUAGAUGCACACAUAGCAAACUGUGAAUACAACCAACCCGAAACAUCUAAUCAAAAUGAUAUCAAAAUACCUUGUUCAUUCCACGCGGUCGGGUGCAAAGAAACAUUUGAAAGCCAAGAAGAAAUGAAUGCACACCUGCACAGUGAUACACAGAGUCACAUGAGUUACUUAAUGAAUGCAUAUUCGGAGAUGAAGAUAAAUAAUGAUAUGAAUGCAAGUAUAGAUCCCAAGGAACAGGAAGCAAUGGUCCUAUGGGAGCCUGACAAAGAUGGAGGCCAGAAUCCUGUCCCACCAAUCACUAAUACCAGUGCUCUUAUAAGGGCAUUAUACGAACGAGUAGUAGUACUAGAACAGAGAAACCGUGAACAGGAUAUAGUGAUUGCAAAUAUUUCUAAGCAGCUGUCAGCUUUUGCUGUAGCUAAGAUGAAGCAGAACCACGACAUGCUGCUGCGCUACUGCAUGGGCAACUACAUCUGGAAGAUAGAUAACUUUAAAGCACGUCUAGACGCAAUGCUUAAAGAUCAUUACAAAAUGUUGUACAGCCCCGGCUUUUACACUUCACCUAAUGGAUACAGAUUCUGCGUGCGCCUCAACAUAUCUCCGCAGAACCCCCACUGCUUCGCGCUACACGUGCACCUGAUGAAGACUGAAUACGACGACUGUUUAGAGUGGCCAUUCAAUGGGAGGAUAUCAUUCGCUAUGAUCAACCAGUAUCAGCCAGAUCUGACCCAACGGGACACUAUGAUGUCCAACUCAAGUCUGAUAGCGUUCAGGAAGCCCACCGCCGAGAUAUGCGUAAGAGGAUUCGGUUAUACUGAAUACGCUGUAGUCAGCGAUGUCGUCAAGAACGGCUUCGUCAAAGACGACAGCCUAAUAGUCCGCGUAAACAUUAAGUGCGUAUGACAUGAGGAGUAAUUUUUUUGUUCGUUAUUUCAUACUAUGUUUUCAUACUAUGACUCGUAUCAUUCCCUUAUUUCUUUUAAAAAUAUGAAAUUAUUUUUAUAUGACAACCUGAUGUUUAUUACGCUUAUUCUAUAUCUACUGUAAAGCCGAUAAUUAGUCUCAACGGUGCUUUUUUCUUUAAUUAUGAACUUGUGUUGUCGUGAUAGAGCUGAAAAUAGUAUUAACCUACAUGACUAGUCCGGUAUGAAAUCUCAUAAUUAUAUAAUUACGCUGAGAACGAUAGUGACAAUGCAAAAAAUGCGAUUUUGAGUAAUGAGCGUUUAAAGUUCAAGAAAUUGUAAUCAGCCCCUCUAAACAACGUAUCGUCACUACGCCACCUAGCAG